AUGUUUUUAAAACACUAUUUUAAAGUUGAUGAUCAAUCAACCAAUAGUAACUUUUUAGCUGAUUUUUACAAAAAUGAUUCAAAAUUAAACUUGAGAUUAGCACCUAAGUUAACCUAUGCUCACAUAUAUCCUGGUCCAUUUGAAAAAAUGAGAGUAAAGUUAGCUGCACAGGUAUUUAGUGAAAGUGUUGCUGCAGGAAUGUUCACUUACUUGGGGCUUGAAAAAUUACCACUUGAAGCUAAUUUUACCAUACAAUUCAUAAGUAAAAUGGACAAGCUUUUUGAUAUAUUUAAUUCCUCAAAUAUACCAAAUGAUAAAUCUUAUAGAAGGCCUUUCAAAAACACAGAGUUACAGAGAGAUCACUUAAAUAUGAUGCUAUCAUUUUUUGAAAAGUUGAGAGUUAUUUCUGUAAAUGGCACUGACGUGACAGCACGAAUGAAUUUCAUAAAUGGAUGGCUGAUUGCCAUUAAUGGUCUUUUUAUGUUAUGGGAUUAA